GAAAUUUAUCAGGAAAAAUUUAUUAGACAGCGCUAUCAUUUUGACAUAUUUUGGAAUAACCUGGGAGAAAGUUGAUUAUCAUAACAACUGUUUAAAUGUGAAAUCUGUGUUAAGAAAAGGUGUUUUACUGAACGUAGAUAAUCUGUUUGUAUCAUUUGGAAAACUACAAAGGUUGUAGAUUGUUUUGUUGACAAUGGAUUCUUCUCCAGAGGAAACUACUGUAGAAUUAGAACAAGUAUUUAUUGUGACACCUACAAGUGAGAAGACUCCAGAUAUUCAGUCAGAAUCAUCAUCACCAACUACUACACACAAUGGCAUUGAAAAAAGUGGACAUCUAUAUUUCAGUAAAAUAAAUCCAAAAAUAUUAGACCUAAAACAGAAUGGCAGAUUGUAUCUUUCCCCAUCAGACAACUCUGUCGAUUCGGUUGGCCAUUACAGAAAAGGAGGAUAUUUAUCUCCCCUUGAUACAGCCAGCGAUGACGAGGGUGGGGGGAGGAGAAGACACAAGAGUGAGGGAUCUGUUCAGAUUGCCACUUCUAGAUCAAAUCAUUUGAUUCCAAACAAGAAAAAUUCUAUGUAUGAAAGUCGUAGUACUAUAAGUGGAGUAAGAUUUGAUGAUCCUUUUAUUGAUGAAAAUGGGCACACAUUGAUGUACUCAAGGCAUGAGAAAGUACCAUUAAAAGAUUUCUCUAUGGAAUACAGAGCUUCUAAGGAUAUAAAGAAAUUUCUUGAUAACUUUGCAUUAAUACUGGAUCUCAAUAAAAAUGGUGUAGAUGAAAUCAUCGAUGAUAUUGUCAAGAAAAUAUUAGAAAUGAAUGAGGCAAAAGCCAGUAUUGAUCAGUCUAAAUUAGAGAAAAUAAGUUUGGAUCAAGUCAGAUCAGCACUCUUCACACACGAUCAGGUACAUAUGUUAAGCAGAACACUACAAUGUACCAGUAUAUCCAUAGGAGGAGGUUUUGACUACGAUCAGAACUGGAUAUGUGCAAUGGCAAGUAUUCCAUCCAUACAGACUCGACACAUUGGAAUAGCUCGACUGAAAUAUCCAGCUAAUCUUGGCAUCAGUAGUGAAGAGGUGUACUUUGUUAUUGUGGUUCUUACUCCUAUAAAGGAGAAAGGAACAAAGAACGAGCUGGAAACUGGACGAACUUUUGCUACAUUAUUUUCUGAUGUUUGUUUCCGCCUGCAGUUACUGGGAGCUAACACAGAAGAAGAAUUCAAAAAGUUACUGGAAGAUCAAACCAAAGAAUUAGCAGACAGACAAAGAAUGUCUCACACUGUAGUAAAGAUACCACUAGCUAAUGAAAAACCUAGUGAUACUAGAAAAUGCAACUGUAGGAUGUUUCAAGGAAUUAAAGAAGAUCUAAACAGAAGAUUGCCACAUUACAUCUCAGAUUAUACUGAUGGAUUCACUGGAAAUAAAACAAUACAGAAGACGAUAUCUACAACACUAUUCCUGUAUUUUGCCUGUCUUAUGCCAUCCAUUGCUUUUGGUGUACUGAAUAAUGAAAAUACUAAUGGUGCUUUAAAUGUCCAGAAAGUGUUAUAUUCCCAGGUAAUUGGUGGUUUAUUCUUUGCAGUAUUUGGAGGAACACCACAGAUUAUACUCCUGACAACGGCCCCUUUGGCUUUGUUUACAAAAAUAAUUUACAGUAUUUGUCAAGACUUUAGUUUGGAAUUUAUGCCUAUGUUUGCUUGUGUUGGACUAUGGAACAGUUUUUUCCUGUUCCUAUAUUCAUCAUUUGGGUUAAGUAAACUUAUGCAGUGGUCUACGAGAUCCUCAGAAGAAAUAUUUGCUUUGUUCAUAUCUAUAGCUUUUAUUGUGGAUGCAUUGAAAAAUACUGCACAAAAUUUUGCCAACCAUUACAACAUUCCAGCCUGUAACAACAACAGUAGUACAUUUUCUACUACUAACACAACUGUUAAUGUAACAACAACGAUUAUCACAGUCUGUGAGAGAGAUGUUAGCUUGUUAUACUUAAUAUUACUUUUAGGAACUCUGUGGUUAGGUGUGACAUUAUACAAUUUUACAAAGACACCAUAUCUAAAUGCAGGAAAGAGAGAACUGCUGGCAGAUUAUUCUCUUCCUGUUUCUGUUAUUAUUAUGAGUGUGUUUGGUGCUUUAGCCUUUAAAGAUGUAACAAUGAUAAAGAGUUUUAAGGCAGGUCCUUUAAGGUCAGACAUGUUCCAGUUGAUGCCAUUUUAUAAUCUUCCUGUCGGUGCUGUGUUUGGAGCUAUGGGAUUAGGAUUCUGUUUAUCUUUAUUGUUCUUCAUGGACCAAAAUAUUACAGCAGCUUUAGUAAAUGGUCCACAGAACAAAAUGAAGAAAGGAACAGCAUAUCAUUGGGAUUUGUUGGUAAUUGGAGUAAUCAAUGUUGUCCUAAGUUUACUAGGAUUCCCAUGGGUACAUGCAGCACUUCCACAUUCACCAUUACAUGUGCAAGCCCUAGCUGAUGUGGAGGAAAGAGUUGAUCAGGGACAUAUUUAUAAAAUACUUGUAAAAGUUAGAGAGACGAGAAUAACAGCUAUAUUUUCCCACAUACUGAUUGGACUCUCCUUACUGAUAACUCCAGUACUGUCAUACAUCCCUACUCCUGUGUUAUAUGGACUGUUCCUGUAUGUUGGAAUAACUUCUCUGUAUGGAAACCAGAUGUUUGAAAGAAUAAUGUUGCUAUUUACUGAACAGAAUGCGUAUCCACCAAACCAUUACAUAAGAAGGGUGCCCCAGAGAAUGAUGCACCUGUUUACAGUACUACAGUUACUACAGCUUUUGGUUUUGUGUGGACUAGGAUUUGCACCGUAUCCAUAUCUGAAAAUGUUCUUCCCUGUUCUGAUAUUUCUACUGAUUCCUUUAAGACACAAAGUGAUCCCUCAUCUUGUUGACCAGAGAUAUCUGAAAGCUAUGGAUAGCCAUUAAAUUUUAUAUUCUGUUGAUCAGAAUAUGAAUAUAUAUAUAUAUAACAGAUGAUUAUACUGAUUUUUUAUCCUUGUUGAUAUUUGUUGAUGUUUUUUUAUAUUUAGUAUUGUGUUAAAACUGUAUGCAGUGUGUAGAAGAAUUGAUUUUGUGUCUUAAAGGAUCAUUAGGGUUUUCACGUUUACAUGUACAUCAAUAUAAGUGUAAAUUACAUUAUGCACCAAUGUAUGCAACAAAAUUGCUUGGCUUGUUUGUUAAAUUUUUUGGUUUAGAUAUUUACUUUCCUUGCCACUCAAAAGAAAUUUGUAUUUUUUCAGUUGUAUUGUAGAGAUUAGUUCUACAAACAAUACCAAUAGACAAUUUUCAUAUCAACCCUACUAUUGACUCUGGAGUAUAUAAUUUCUUGACAGGAUACCUACUCAACGAUAAGACAUUCUGGUGCUUUGUCAAGUAAGAGCAACUGAAAAAAGUAAAAUCAAGCUAAAAAUCAGAGCAAUUUUGGGAAAAAAAUAACCGUUUUCCGAUGAUGAUUUUUUCGUGUAAAGAAAACAUAAACAUAGCACAAGGACAUUGUUGUCCAACAUUAGGGGAAAUGAUUUACAGAAAUUAUAAAAUCCAAAAUUAAAGUUGUUAUUAUGAAAAUGGACUUAUUGAAAUACCAUAACUAAGGUUAAGAAUUUAUGCAAAUAUAUAUAAUAAAAAUGCACUGAAAAAAAAGUAUUUAAAAUUAUUGUAUGCAACAUUAUACUUUUUGCUGAACACACACUAAAGUAAGCUUGUAUUAUACUUCAAUAGCAAUGCAUCAAAAGGGUUGCAUUAUUUCUAGGUUAACCUAAAAUUGUAAUAUUGUUACUGAAAAUACAGAAAUGUUUGCUAUGUUUUUAUUAUUAUGAAAUUGCGAUAGAAUUGCACAAAAAUUAAAACUCCCAUUUUAAAUUUUGAUAUCUUUAUUGGUAUGCAGUAUAUAUAGAUUAUAAUUAAACAUGGCAUUUUUCAUAUCAGACCUCUUAUCAGCCCUAGGUCAUGAUAUCAGUCCGAGAGCUGACAGGCUCGAGGGAUGAUUUUGACCAUGGGCUGUUUAUGAAAAAUGACAUGUUAUGUUCUUUUUAUCAUAUACUUCAGCAGAAGACAUACAGACAAGAACUUUUUUUAAAACUUUGAAAAAUGCAUUUAUCGUAUUGUUUUUUUGCUUUUUUUAAUAAUAUUUUUUUCCUGUUUCCUAAUAUUUGUUUUUCUAUCCUACUUAGUUAAAUUUGCAGAAUGACAUCAAAAUGCCACAGGAUAAUAUUACAGAAUGGCAUGCGAUAAUAACCGGAAGCAGUUGAUAUAAACCGGAAGCAGUUGAUAUAAAGCGGAAGCAGUUGAUAACGAAAGAUUCAGACAGCUAAGACAAUUCUUCAAAUUUAAUGAAUAAAUAUAUGAACAAAUAAGUUUUAUCAAGGGUACAAUUAUACCAUUAUUUUCUAUAAGUAUAUGAUAAAUCCUGAUAUUGCAAUAAUUAAUGACAUUUUUGUGUAUUGUUGAACAAUAGCAGUAAUAAAUGCACACAAAAGUUACUGAAUAUGCAGAAAGUUUGUAUUAUAUUUAUAUUGUAUUUGUUCAGUAUUGCAAUCGACUGAUAUAUUAUGACCUUCCAAAAAUAUGAAAGUCUUGUAGUAUGCUUCCUCAGACAUAAAUCAAUUUUAAAUUUAACGUACUGUGUGCAACAAGAAAUUGAGCACAUUGAUGUGUAUAGUUAUUUUAUGUCUGAGGUCUAAACAUUUCUUGACAAAGUCUCCGAGGCAAGACUUAGAGGUGCUGUUUCAUGCAGGGUCAACAAUUUGUUCAAGUUUAUGAUUAUGUCAGAACCACCAAUGCUAGGUCAAUGAUAUUUGGGUUGCAGUUGUAUAAGCAUCUUCAUAUUUAAUUUAGAUGGAGAUUAUUGUGCUACUUUUUUUAUUAGAGCCCCGGAUAGAGGAUACAGGAGCCCUAUAUAUAUAUAGUUUUCACUUUGUCUGUCAUGCUGUCUGUCCAUCCAUAAUUUUUGUAAACACAAUAGCAUCAAAAGUAUAGAUAGGAGACCAAUGAAAUUUUUUACAGUUGUUGUGCCAUAAUGUGUAGACGUGCAUACUAUAUUUUGGUGAA